AUGGCUCAACUCGAUCCGCCUGCUAUGUCUCAAAUGGCCGACCCCAUGCUACAACACAGGCCUAAUGGAGAAGUUGACGAUAAGAAUCGCGGGAGACGUCGAAGCCGUAUAUCAAUGAAAACCACAGAAGAUGAAGGCGAUCUUUCGCACGGAGAACUUGCAGAAGGUCACACUUCUGGUGAUGAUGGUCCCUCGCGAAAACGAAGGAGAAGUCGCAAAGGUCUAGACAAGAAGUUUGAAUGUUCUACAUCAGGCUGUGGGAAGAGCUAUUCUAGAGCUGAGCAUCUCUACCGCCAUCAGUUAAACCAUACCCCGAAACAGAUAUACAACUGCGACUUUGAGGGAUGCUCGAGAACGUUUGUCAGACAAGAUUUAUGUAAUAGGCAUCGAGACCGGCAUACUGCAAAAGGUUCACAGCUACACAGAAAAGAUUCAAUGUUGAGUCAAGGAUCACCAGUAUCGCAGAUCCCACAACCACAGUUACCUCAAGGGUCCACGUCCCCUGAGGUAACAAGACCGAGUCUAAUGGGGUCCAAGAUACGGACAACGCAAAUACCAUACCAGUCUCCACAAGAUGUUCGACCUACUUCAUAUUCACCAGUGACCAAAUCAGCACCCGGAACUUAUUCUGGUGCUGGCGCAGUUAUCGGCGCAGAUGGAUAUCCAUCUGCCAAUUACAAGCGCUCUGAUUCUGAUAUGAUCCAGAGGGGCCAAAAUUCACCAUCUGCAGGCUCUAACAGCAGAGGUCAACGACAUCAAAGCUUUGGAACUUCUGACACGAGGUCGUCAGAUUUCUCCAGACCAUUGCAAACAAAUGUUGGUCAUUACCCUAUGCUACCGAACACCCCGAACAACCAAAACUACCAUGGGAAUCAACCGCAUAGUCCGCAGGCAUACAUAAGCCAACAAAACUUUCCUCCUUUUAGCUUACCACCGCCAGGAUUUGCGAAUGUGGCUGCAACUACGAUGCCCUCACGUGAGCCUGAUUCACAGUUUCAAACUCCUGUCUCUACCGAGUAUCCAAAUGAGAUCAGUCAAGCUCAGCAUUCAGGUCCAGACAUGGUGCUUCUAGAUCAAAUGGCUACGUCAAACACAAUGCCGGUAUUCGGUGGCGAAGGAUGCUACAAUCGAUCUCCAUUCGCCAUACCCGAAGAUUUUGUCGCAUACCUUUUUAGCAGCCAGCAAAACGAGAUGGGUCAGAUGAGUCAACAGCCUUACGCAAACAGCUACCCCGACGCUACAGCGCAGUACUAUGCGCCCUAUUUUACUAACAAUAUUGGUCUUGGAGGGUUUUAUCCUCCUACUUCUCAUCAACCCCAUCAUCCUAUGGCUGUAACGAGUUUGCUUGACACUAGCUUGCCGGAGACAGUCUUGUCAGAAGAGAAGAGCCAAGCCAUUAUUGACUUAAUCAAGGAAAGAUUCAAUGAGACUGGAAACGCACCCCUUGUUAAGCAGAAAAAAGAUGCACUUUUUGACGGGGACCGUAGCAACGACAGUCAUAUGAUGAGUAGGAAAAUGAUGCAAACCUACAUUGGUAGUUACUGGUAUCAUUUUAGCGAUCAAAUGCCAAUAUUGCACAAACCAACGUUCUCUCCAGAUAAUACACCGAACCUCCUUCUGAUUGCAAUGAUGGCUAUAGGUGCCUCUCUUCUUGACAACACGUACGCUGAAGAUGUGACGCAGGCUGGUGCGGAACUAUCAAAUUUCUUGGCAUGGCACCUUAGAUGGGAGAUAUUCAGUGACCAACAAUUCCGCCCUCCAGCAAAAUUAUGGGUGUUCCAGGCUCUUUUAAUACUAGAAGUAUAUGAAAAAAUGUAUUCUACCAGAGCGCUCCACGAAAGAGCCCACAUCCAUCACGCAACCACAAUCACCUUGAUGCGUCGGGGUAGCUCAUUGAUAGGCCGUUCUGCUUUGGACUCGCCCCCGAGUGCGAGAGAACAAGGGCACAAUAAUUCACGUCAAUCGUCAACCUCAGGAGCUAACACACCUGAUGAGUGGUGGAACCAUUGGAUUACGAAUGAAGCGACAAGACGAGCCGCGUUUGCGGCAUUUGUUAUUGACUCUACGCACGCAACGAUGUUCGGACAUUCUACAGUCAUGGUUGCUCACGAGAUGCGUCUUCCUUUGCCAUGCGAUGAAGCCAUGUGGAAUGCCACAAGUAGUGCUGAAGUUGGUAGAUUGGAGUCAACCCUCCAAGCCAAUGGAGUAAAGCCUAUAUCAUUUUUGGAAGGUCUGAAACGAACUCUUAAUGCUCAAACGGUGCGAACAAACUCUUUUGGCCGUACGAUAUUGAUGGCAGGGCUCUUGAGCGUUAGCUGGCAUAUGCAUCAGCGUGAUCUACAGGUCAACUCAUUGGGAGUAUCGCAGGCGUUAGGCGGCCGGGACAAAUGGAGAGGAUCCCUGACUCGGGCAUUUGACCUCUGGAAACGAGAUUUCGACAUGUCUUUGCUACAACAGUCUGAAACGAUGACAGGACCAUAUGCUUAUACUGGCAAGGAAAACAAUAUUAUCUAUCAGUCCAGGACAGUGCUUCAUCACCUCGCACAUAUGGCAAUGCACGUUGACGUUGUUGACUGCCAGAUAUUUGCAAGAGCGAAACGUCUUCUUGGUCGCACGAUUGGAUCACAGGACUUGAACAGUGCCCAGAAAAGAAUGAAAGACGCUUGGGCACCGACCGCUAGAGCUAGGGAUGCGACGUUUUAUGCAAUCAAAUUUCUCUGCACAGUACUUCUUCCCAAAGAACCAACCUCAGUAUCCCACGGCUAUGAUCAUGCACAACCGGAUCCACCAUUCGAUUAUUCGGCUCGCGACGAUAUUCUUUUAAAUCGACCGUGGGUUAUGUAUUUCGCUGCUUUGAUUGUAUGGUGCUACGGAUAUGCACUCGAAGGACCGACUGACGCCCCGGUCCCUUCUCCAAACUCAAUGGACGACCAAGUUCGGGAUAUGCGAGCCUAUUUGCGACGAUUCGGCUCGGUGGAUAAUCCUGAAGAACUGAAAAAGUUGACUGGUCUCAAUGGAUGUUCUGGGAUGCUGAUGGUUUUGAAAAGCGUCUUUGAAAAAACGAGAUGGCAAUUACUGCAUGAAGCUGCUUUAUUGUUGACCAAUUGUAUUAAUCUUUUGGGUGGGCCUACACCAGCACCUUCCCGUGAGUUGUGA